UUCACGCGGCGGAUUGUGUUUCCACUAACAGCCACAGAAAGUCAAUUUAUAUAUGAUAAAAACACCCUCACCGAGAAAGUACAAUAACCCAAAUAAAUAAAUUGCCCCAUUAAUAACGCUCGCUCGUUUCUCGCCCAAAAAGGCGUCUUACUGGUACCUUACAUGGUUAUUGCAUCUUCUUUCUUUAGCCCGUCUUUCUGUCUUGUUUUCCGGUGUCGUGAUGUCAUCAUGUCUCCCCGAGAUCCCCUUAGUGACCUCUCCUCCCCCUUUACCCACAGAACCGUACGUGGGCGAGCGGGACAGUCUGGUGAUCUCGACUGUGGGCCUGGCUGAGGUGGGCGCCGUGCCGUACCGUCUGCAGCCGCUGGACGACCGGCCCGACCUGUACCAGGUGCACUCGGUGCUGCUGCCCUCCUCCCUGCAGCCGUUCCCCGUGUGGAUCAUCGUGGUGACGGUCAUCGGGUCGCUGCUGCUGCUCGCUGCCAUCACUUACGGACUGUACAAGGCGGGCUUCUUCAAGCGGCGGCGACCGGAGAGUGUUUAGGGCCGGCCCGAGGUGAUGCUUUGACACCACAGUCCCGGCGGUACGCGGGGUCACUGGGGUCUUGGAGGCACCUGUGCCGCCGGGACCUAGGCGGGACUCUUAGCCAUUAGGCCUACGGUGGCAGGGCACUUUGGACCACAGGUGCCCUCAGCAGCACUCUUGUUCUGGACCGCUGCUCUCGCUGUGCCAAUACUGUCGGUCUAGUCAAGAAGUCAUCCCGCUGGACCAGAAGACAGCACCGGCCAAUUGUAGCCCUGCUGCGGCGUUUAGACAGGCGCCGGCCAGCCUGCGGGCCUAACGCGGGCAACUGAGGACAGCCAGAACCGCUGCGGCCAUAGAAUUGUCAACUGAAGACAGCGUGAGCUGGUCAGUCUUGCUGCUGCUCUAUGACGGUCACCUGAAGACACCCAGCCAGGCUGCGGGCUUUUGACGGUCAGCCGAGGACAAUUUGGGACAGCCAUCAGAUACAUCCGUCCCGUCCCUCCCCGCUGCGUGGGACGGCUCUGGUUACGUCCGUGCCAUCUUGAGACUCUUGUUGGCAGUGUCCCAAAAUUAUAUUUUGGCUUGGGUGUCAGAGGGGAAUAUUCGUCACUAUAAAGAGGGCUGAGAGUGGAAAAUUGCCAGUUAGAAGAGUACAAAAAAGAGCAGGAAACAGAUAUCAACAAUUAAUUGGUGAGAGUUGGAGGAUGACGGAGCUACCUUAAAAGAUCAUUGAAUCGAAUACGCAGGGAGGUACAAGGUGCACGCAAAUGCUCUUAAUUGGUAAACUAGGGAGUGAAAAAUUGCUGUGGAAAAUUGGAGGCGAGUGGAAAAUUAUUUUGAUUUGGAUGUUACUUCCCACCCAAACUGGCAAAUUUUGGGACACUGCUUGUUGGUGCUGCCAUCUACCCCAUGACGACCCACCUAACAGUUUGGCCCGGCGCUUGUCGCCGAUGAGAGAGGGGUUACGUUUUGGCUGCUGGCUCGGUGUCACAUGAGUCGCUGCUAAUUGUCAUGCCUUACUGUGUCUUAUUUGAAGUCAAAUGAUUGGUCGUACAUAAGUGGCGCCUCUAUUAGUUUCAUGCAUAAUGUGCGUGCGUGUGAGCGAGGGACCGCGAAUGCAUGAGUGUGUGCGUGAUGGCAUCGCUCAAGCGGUCAUAUCGGAAGAAUGCCAAAUGCUGGUCACAGUGGGGGGAAUGACGUUACUAAUUUAUUGCCAUUUGCAAUGCAACUGCAAAUGAUUGUUUCACUUGUGCUUUGAGAUGAGAUGCCAUACAAUGCCUAACAAUAUGUGUACUGGCGGAGCGUGAAAUAUAUGAAAGUGUUUGCAUACGAAUUGCAAUAUAAAUUUGGUAUUGGUUUGUA